UGUUAAUUAAGAUCUUGAGCAGUUGCAUCUUCGACACCAGAACUACGAACAAGAUGUUGUGAACUCGUACUGCGGUGCCAGCAUCUCUUUCUUCGGAACAUGAUUUUUUCCCCUCCUCCAAGGACGAGGAAGAUGAGGCCCUGGUGCAUGGCGCAACGAAGAACAAGUAUGACAAACAAAUUUUCGCCGCCGGCCUUAGCAACAAGAACAACCACCACCAUCACGAACACCUGAACAAAAGAUUCAACGUCUUCGAGGUGAACCCUCUCUACUAUGGGCGCGCGCCACUCGCGCGCGCCCCCGGGAGUAGUAGAUGAGAGAGGCAUAGAAAAUAAUUGUCGUGAUGGCAAUUAUGAGACUGGCACUGGUGUUGGUGACGACCAAGCACGAGGAAGAGUGCCCUUCAAAAAUCCGAAUAAACAUUUCUCCCCGGCGUUCGGCGCCCCCGAUGAUGCGAGACGAAGUAGAGAAUCUGGUGAGGCAAGACCAAGACAAGAACUCGCGUACGAAGACUACUCGCCGGUGCGAAAGUGCUGCACUCUCGGCGGAGGAGGUCGUGGGUAUGGAGGGUUUGCUGCUCCUUCCGACACAACUGGUCGUCAUGAAAGGAAUGCAAGAGCCAGCCGCGUAUGGGGCUCGGCGGGAAAUCAGGUUGUAGAAGAGCAAAAAAAUCAGAAAAGCGCUCAGGCGCAAAAUCUACUUCUGCAGCACACAAAUGAACAAACUACAUGGAACAAUAAACGCAAGCGCAAUGCAGCACCGCGCGGCCCGGCGUGCUACCCCGAGGAAAAAGGAAAACAAGGAGCACGACCAGAAUGCAACAACUACAGCGACUGCGACCACACGAGCCAAAGCCAGGAGGAAGGAGAUGGAGAAGCAUCACUUGCUAGUUCUGAAGAUCUUCACAACUACCAUGACAAGAUGGAUUGUUCCGCUUCCGCACUGAAGGUGAGGGUCGGGAGGGAAAACCAAAACCGUAAGGUCAACGACGACAACGACGGCUGCUCUUCAUCGGAUAGUUCUUGUUUCUCCACCACUUCAUCAACAGGCAGUAGUGAUGGUGGUUGUUUUUGUUCUUCUUCAGUUUCUUCCAACGGAGGCGCAACUCGUGGGGGAUUUUCAACUACCAGUACCACUAGUAGUGCAAGAACAUCAACAAGAGCUGCUUCAAAUAAUAAAUCUUCGAAAAUAUUAAAGAGCGGCAAAAUAAGUAGCAGCAGACCCACGAGCUCUUCCAACCUGUUAAAGUCAUUUUCCACGGGUAAAAGAAGACUGCUGCACUUGAAAACGCCCGGACAUCAACAUCAUCUGCACACGACUUCAUCUGCGCACGCUUCUAGGAGUGAAACAAGCUCAACAUCCUCUUGUACCACCAGCCCUAGAAAAAGAGCGAAGCAAAGCCGCGAAGAAGUCGGGGAUGGGCGUCGUGCGGGGCGGCAAGAUCAUGAUCCUGGGGACGAUGCAGAAACCAAACCGGCGCUCAAGAAUGUCUCGAACCAUGAGCAAGAACGCAGCGAACACGACUUUGGAUCAUCAGCAUUAUCGCGCAGAAAAAAAUCGUCACAGCGCUCGCCUGGUAGGAAUAGAGGAAAAGAACACCGUCUGAACAAUCAUAGAUCAGAAUUUAUUCCUGAUUGUGAGCGGAGGCCGGCGCAGGACGAGACACACAGCAACUACCUAGCACCUCAAGAGCUGCUGCAAAGGGAUCGAGAUCAUCGACAUGAUCCCGACCAACCUGCACAGAACCCGACGUUAUUUCCGCCACAGCAAGUCCAGCCAGACCCUCGUGCUGGUACAGCUUUCAACACGGAUUACAUUGAGCUCAGAGUACACGACGUGAGAGCUCGGGCGUCCGGGAAGACCAAGCUGCACGACUCGGGGAUGAAUACCGACCCUUGUAGUAGUUCAUCAGACCACAGUGCAAGUUCUACUGCGCCUGGGCUGCUGCAACCGUGGUGGGAUCAUCGGCCGCAAACUGGAAACAAUAGGAACCUUUAUUGCAUCGUUCAAGUGGGAUCCUACCCCGCGGUUGAAGCUUUCGCGACGGAGUGCGAGUAUGUGCAGGUGUAGUUAUGUACAAUACUUUUCAUGUUUAUCUUUAUAUAUUGGGCGGGUUGAUGUCUUUUAUUGUGUUUGUGUCACUACUUGUGUCAAUAGCGCGCAGCAGAAUUGAAAAUAAUUCUAUUCCUGCAUGUAGUUCGGACAAAAAUCGCCGCAACGACAUCAACCUCUCGCACGAGGACCUUCUCAAAAAUUAGGUUGGGCAGCCUCUGUACCACCAACUCGACCGCAAGCUUGCCUGCAAAAUCCGCGGCUCGGCGCCGAAGCGUGAGUACAUCCGGAAAUUUGCGAAAAAGAAGAAAUCGCGGCAUUUAUCCUGAGGAAAAACGUCCUCGUCCCCACACCAGAGUCAGGACGGGGAUCUCGCAACACAGAUCGAGAAGUUUUAGGAGUCACGCAUGACAAGUUCCUCUCUGUAUUGUAGUGCAGUUUAGCAAGUGCAGCCGCAUCACAAAGCCAUCUACUCAUCCGGUUUAUAGCAUUACAAAGUCCAAAACGCGAUUGGGAAUUCUUGUCAUGGGGAUGCGCAUUACAAAUCUUCCUUUCAUUGAAAAUCUGCAUGACAACUAUAGGGUGGGGACGUUUUUACUCAGGACAGCAUUUGAAGUUGUCGGAGUUGUCGAAACCAAACGGGCACUACUUUGGCAUCUAUUGCCGCGUCUCCUGUUGGAAGAAAUCGUAUGCAUUGCAAUAGCAUCGUACAACUCGUAUUGCCAUCAUGCAUUACAAAUCGAAAUCUUAAGCAGGUAAAUCAGCAUUACAAAUUCUCUUUGUCAUGCUGAGGAAAUUAAUGCACUUAGUAUACCACGAGUUCGAGUGCGAUACUUUUGCACAGGAUAAAUCGCGGCUGAAAACCAUGUUCAAUCUUCCCGUGUCCGAUAAAUACCUUGGCGAGCGAAUUUUCCACAUCCCCAGUGGCGCGCCGUUGGUCGGCCAGGAGUUUGCGCUGUACUGCGGGGACGCGGAGACGGUAUUUUGUUGAUGAUAUUGCGAUAUGUUUAUGAUUAUGUACGUAGUACUAGAAGUGCUGACUCGUCUUCUCGAUUCUUCGUGGUGUGUAUUUUCAUCAAUUUCAAUUUGAAGUAAGAGUAAGUACAGUAGCUAGUCACGGCGCGCCGCGCUGAAGACAGACUGCAACUAUCACUUAUGCUACACGCGUAGCUUGCUGUGCUGCUCUUGAUCUUCGGAGGAAAAAAGCAAAGUGAAAGUGUGUCCAAAUUACUUUUCCAAUUUUUCCAGGUCCUUCCCGAGCUGGUACAGGGGAGCAUUCAAGGAGUGCACCAGAAGCGCAGGUCUUGCCGCUUGCCUUUUGCCUUCGGGCUGCGCAGGGGAGUUCUCGGCCGCCACAGCUGCAAGAACAACGCAGUCAAUUUUUAUAACAGCGAGCUGCAUGAUGAUAAUUCCUCGUCUACUUGCUCUACUGGUUCUGCCCCCGGCGCCGCUUCAGUAAAACAACCUUUGAAGAAUGACUGCUCGAGCGUUCUUCCCGCGGAUCAUGUUGAAGGUGCUGGAGGUUCUACAGGGGCUACAGCUGUGACAUCUUCGAACUAUACGCCUCCAGUCAACAUCAACGCCACAUCUUCGAAUGGCACUUGGAAAACAAGCGGGAAGAUGAAUUUUCGGGCUCCUGGUCCGGUACUAGACCAGCAAAUUCUCCGGCGGCAAGAUAAUGAGCUGACGAUCCGGGUGUCUACGCACUACCACCGCUGCAAGAAAAAGCUGUAUUGCAAAAACGCUAGUCGCUUUCUGUCUACAGUGCUGGAGGAAGACUUCUAUUCGGCAAAUGGAGGAGGUGCUACUGGUACUCCAACUACUAGUCACCCUUAUUUUCACGACCACCUUCCCGCUGCUCACAACACUGGCACCACGUCAAUUUCUGGCACCGCUGCUACAAUAACACCUUCGACCUCGACGUUGAGCAGUGGAAGCUGCAAUUAUGCUCGCAUAUGAACACACAUAAAUAAUUGCAAAGAGGGCUCUACCUGGUUCAACGACACCCACUUGAUGUGUAUAAUAGAUCAUUUUGUAUAGCUAUAGCAAUAGCUGAGUCUUCCAGCACCGCACUGCACUGGCGCUGGAGUUGUAUUAUUCAGCAGCAAACUUUUUGGCCCGGUCGUAGUGACACCGUUGUAACAAGUAGCCGCGAAUUAGUUUUUUAAAAGCACAAAUGCAACUGUAAGAUAUAAAAAUCGUCAUAGCGACCGAGAAAGAGAAUUCAAAUUCUACGCGGCCACCAGAAGCGAAGUGUACUUACGGCAUGAUAAAGUCACUUCGCUGCCACCAGAUAUGUUGUAGAAUAUGUUGUGCUAUAGCGUUGCCAGAACCGUAAAGUCUAAGUCUUACUUCUACUCCGACCGCCGUGGCAGAAUCUAAAAUGAAAUCCGACGGUGUUCUUUCCGAGACGUGGAUGAUCUCCACCUGUCGCGAAUGAACGAUUCCGAGACGUUGAUGAUCUCCUGUCGCGAUUGAACGAACCAAUUUUGAGUUUUCGAUUGUCACAGGAGAAGACUCGCUGCAUUUUUAUUUUAUGCGCUCCUGCAACAU